AUGCCAUCGGAGAUGGAGCCCAAAGCUAACAAUCUCGUUUUCGGGUGUCAGCGAAGCUCAACAUCUGAUGAUGACUCUGGCUGCGCCUUGGAAGAAUAUGCCUGGGUCCCCCCAGGUCUCAGACCAGAGCAGGUCCAGCUGUAUUUCGCCUGCUUGCCAGAGGAGAAGGUCCCUUACGUUAACAGCCCCGGAGAGAAACACCGAAUUAAACAACUUCUCUAUCAGCUGCCACCCCACGAUAAUGAGGUGAGAUACUGCCAGUCUUUAAGUGAAGAAGAAAAGAAGGAACUGCAGAUGUUCAGUUCUCAGCGCAAAAAGGAGGCACUCGGCCGAGGCACUAUUAAACUACUCUCAAGAGCAGUAAUGCAUGCGGUUUGUGAACAGUGUGGUACAAAAGUAAAUGGUGGUGAAGUUGCAGUUUUUGCCUCGAGAGCUGGGCCUGGUGUGUGCUGGCAUCCCUCCUGUUUUGUGUGCUUCACGUGUAACGAGCUGCUCGUUGACCUUAUCUACUUCUACCAAGAUGGAAAAAUUCACUGUGGCAGACACCACGCUGAACUUCUCAAACCUCGAUGUUCAGCCUGCGAUGAGAUCAUUUUUGCUGAUGAGUGUACAGAAGCUGAAGGUCGCCACUGGCACAUGAAGCACUUCUGCUGCCUCGAGUGUGAAACAAUCCUGGGUGGACAGAGAUACAUCAUGAAGGAUGGGCGACCAUUCUGCUGUAACUGUUUUGAAUCUCUCUAUGCGGAAUACUGUGAGACCUGUGGGGAACACAUUGGUGUUGACCAUGCUCAGAUGACCUAUGAUGGACAGCACUGGCAUGCCACAGAGACUUGCUUUUCUUGUGCUCAGUGCAAGACCUCUUUGCUUGGCUGCCCUUUCCUUCCAAAGCAAGGGCAGAUUUACUGCUCAAAAACCUGCAGCUUGGGAGAGGAUGUUCAUGCCUCCGACUCUUCUGAUUCUGCGUUUCAGUCUGCUCGAUCCAGAGAUUCCAGGAGGAGCGUCCGCAUGGGAAAAAGCAGCCGGUCAGCUGACCAGUGCCGCCAGUCUCUCCUCCUGUCACCGGCCCUCAAUUACAAAUUUCCUGGCCUUUCAGGCAAUGCCGAUGAUACUCUUUCUCGUAAGCUAGAUGAUUUAAGCCUUUCAAGGGAAGAGGCAAGCUUUGUUAAUGAAGACUUCUGGAAAGGAAGAGUAGAGCAAGAAAUGCCUGAAGACCCUGAAGAAUGGGCUGAACAUGAAGACUACAUGACUCAACUUCUUCUGAAGUUUGGUGAUAAAAGCCUCUUCCAGCAGCCUGCUGAAGUAGACAUUAGAUCAAGCGAACACUGGAUUUCUGAUAGCAUGGUCAAGAGCAAGUUGGACUUGAAAAAGAAUAAUCCAAGCCUAGCAAGUAAGAAGUAUCAAUCAGACAUGUACUGGGCCCAGUCACAAGAUGGCUUGGGUGACUCUGCCUAUGGCAGCCACCCAGGCCCUGCCAGCAGCAGGAAAAUCCAGGAGCUAGACAUGGAACAUGGGGCGUCGGGAUACAAACAUGACCAAACACCAUGGUACGGAGGUUCACUUGAAUGUUUGUCUGACCUGAAACAGCAAGAACAAAGUGUUCGAGACUCAAUGGAUUCUUUGGCUUUAUCUAACAUAACAGGGGCUUCAAUGGAUGGAGAAGGCAAGCCACGGCCAUCUCUCUAUUCUUUGCAAACUUUCCAAGAACUGGAGGUAGAGGACUGUGAGAAAAUGAGCAACAUGGGAACUCUGAAUUCUUCAAUGCUCCACCGGAGCACAGAGUCCUUGAAGAGUCUGAGCUCAGAGUUGUGUCAGGAAAAGGUCUUACCAGAGGAAAAGCCAGUGCAUAUGCCUGUACUGAGAAGAUCUAAAUCCCAGUCUAGACCACAGCAAGUGAAGUUUUCAGAUGAUGUUAUUGAUAAUGGAAGUUACGAGAAUGUUGAAAUACGUCAGCCUCCAAUGAGUGAAAGGACUCGUAGGCGUGUUUACCAUUUUGAAGAGCGUGGAAAUAGGCCUUCUCAUCAUCGUAGAAGAAGUAGGAAGUCUCGUUCAGAUAAUGCACUUAACUUGGCCACAGAAAGAAGAUGCUCUCCAAGAGAGAGAUUUCGUUAUUACUCCCCUCAGGAUCAUGAAAAAUUUAUUCAAAAUAGAAGCUCACGUGAGAUUCGGGCAUAUAUUCAAAAUGCGGAGCUGUAUGGACAAUAUGCCCAUACUAGGUCUGAUUAUGCACUGCGGAAUCAGGUGGUUGAUAAAUUUUUUGGAUUGUAUGGUGAGGAAGAUGACUCCUGGUGUUCAACUUCAUCCUCAUCAUCCGAUUCUGAAGAGGAAGGAUAUUUUCUAGGACAGCCAAUUCCACAGCCGCGAUCACUGAGAUAUCCAUACUAUACAGAUGACCUUUCUGGUCCAACUACUGCAUUAUCUAGUUCUCAGUUUGGACAAAGGACAACCAAAUCAAAGAAGAAGAGGGGACACAAAGGAAAAAACUGCAUCAUUUCUUAAUUUGUUUCUAACAGUUGGGAAGACCAGUCAACUCUGUAGCUACAGUUUGAACCACAUCUUUUUAUAUUAAUAAUUGUACUUAGGCAAGUUGCUAAGGUUCUUAAUGCUUUGCCAGUGUAAAUGAUAGCCCUGCCAGUUUACAUUGUACAAGUAACAUUCAGAAAUGUCACCAUGCCAAACGAUGAUCUGCUCAGAUAUUGCUAGGUUUACAUAUUAUGUUUCAGCUGUCAAAAUAGUUAUUGCAGUUCUUGAUACAGACGUUUUGUAGACAUUUUAUUUUAUGCUCGCUAUUCACCUAUGUUGAAUUAUCUGAGGGAGGGGAUUCAACAAAGAUCAAUAAAUAAAAUUGGCAGUCCUGUGCUAU